UUCCUAGGGUAUCAGCGACGGAGCCGGCGCCAUUGUACUUGCUAGCGAGGAGGCCGCAAAGGGCCUAAAGCCCCUCGCUCGUCUCGUGGGCUGGUCCUACGUUGGCGUAGACCCUUCCAUCAUGGGCAUCGGCCCUGUACCAGCUAUUGAGAGUCUUCUCAAGGUCACAGGAUUAACCCUUAACGAUAUCGACCUUGUUGAGAUCAACGAGGCGUUCUGCGCUCAGACCCUCUCCUGCGCCAAGGCCCUCAAGCUGGACCUCUCCAAGCUGAACGUGAACGGCGGAGCCACGGCCCUGGGACACCCUCUCGGAGCCUCCGGGUCCCGCAUCACUGCGCACCUAGUACAUGAACUCAAACGCCGCGGCCUCAAGCGCGGUAUCGGCUCCGCUUGCAUCGGCGGCGGACAGGGCAUCGCACUCCUGGUCGAGACUGUCUAAACCCCACCGUGUUUCCUUGAGACUGAUAUAACCACCUAAGUGUAAGGCCUGAGUGGACGCCCGAGUUGGACUUGCAGCAGGGCGGGGCGGGGCGCGUGCAUGUUAAACAAAUGCAAACGUAUAGGAGCGGCCUUAGUGCACGCUGCACAAAUCACUUGUGAGCCCGACGCCACGCUGCACGCCCCGCCGAACGCUCCGCUCCGAGCGUCCACUCGGGCCUUACACUGUGGCCCAACAUACAAAAAAAAAAUCCUAUUUAAAAUUUGAAACUUGUAACAGUAUAGUGGGAGAGUUUCGUUUGUUUUAAAAAUCAAUGAAACAAUAGAACUCCUGCUUUAUUUGGUUCAUGUAAGGUUCUAAUUACAUUGCAACGGAGUGUACAUUGUAAUAUACAUUGGGCCUCACUAGGAUAAGAUAUAAAUCAUUUUAAUGCACUUUGAAAAUACGGUAGUGCGAAAAUUACCUACUUGUAUUUGGUUACUUAAACUGAAAUUAUGUCUUGAUAUAAGUAUACUAUACUUUUAAGAAUGAAGUAGGUUAUAGUUAUGUUAUGUAUACAUGUAUAAUACUGCCUGUAAAUGCAAUUGUAUAUAAACGAAAUCAGUGAAAUCACAAAAGUCGUAUUUUCAUAAAGUAAAUUAAGCUUUAUUUUUAAUACGCUGUUUUAUGAGAUUUGAAAAUAUUUGUAUAUUAUUUUGAAUUGUUAUUGAGUUUAUAUACAAGUUUAAUACAUAACUAAUAAAUCAGCUAUUUUUA